CUUGUGUGGACCAACAUGAUUAAUUUUAUAUUGGCCAUAUGGUGCGUAGUAAAUGUUAUAAUAACUUGAAAUUAAAUAAUAACUAAGCUCGACUCGAUAUAUAGAUCCAACCAGUAGCCUCUCUUAUUCACACCUAAUCUUCAUCUUCAUCUUCGCAUUCAUAGUCUCUACGAUCAGAUAGAUAAAAGAAGUCAACAACGAUGUCUUGGGACGAUGGAUCACACGCAAAGGUGAAGAAAGUGCAGCUAACCUUCGAUGAGAUCAUCUACUCAAUCCAGGUCACGUACGACGGAGCCACCGCUCUUCAAUCCCAGCUUCGCGGCUCCGUUGGUCCCAAAUCUGCUGAGUUCACUUUGGCUCCGGACGAGUACAUAACGGCCCUUUCUGCUUACGGCAAAUCGUUGAGUACGCAAGAAGUUAUUACGGCGUUGACUUUCACAACCAACAAGACUUCUUAUGGACCUUACGGUACCAAAUCCGGUUUCCAGAUUUCUGCUCCGGAAGCCACCGGUAAACAGAUCUCCGGUUUCCUUGGUACCAGCGGCAAUGUUCUCAACACCAUCGACGUUCACUAUUCUCCCAUACCUACUGGAGGAACUGGCACCGGAGGAACUGGCACCGGAACUGGCACCGGAACUGGCACUGGAACUGGCACUGGCACCGGAACUGGCACUGGAACUGGCACUGGAACUGGCACCGGAGGAACUGGCACUGGAACUGGCACCGGUACUGGAGGAACUGGCACUGGAACUGGCACCGGAGGAACUGGCACUGGAACCGGCACUGGGACUGGCACUGGAACCGGCACUGGGACUGGCACUGGAACCGGCACCGGAGGAACUGGCACUGGAACCGGCACCGGAGGAACUGGCACUGGAACCGGCACUGGGACCGGCACUGGGACCGGCACCGGAGGAACUGGCACUGGAACCGGAACUGGUACCGGUUCAGGUGCUCAGAAAUUGGAAGCACAAGGCAACAGUACAGGAGGUACAUCAUGGGACGAUGGAUCCGAUUACGAUGGCGUGACCAAGAUAUACGCAAGCUACGGUGGGGAAGGUAUUCAAUACGUCAAGUUCGACUAUGUGAAAGGUGGAGUAACAAAACAAGGAGUUCUACACGGUAAACAACAAAGUAGACAAAAUCCAAGAGAGUUUGUGAUUAACCAUCCGGAUGAGUAUCUUGUUUCUGUUGAGGGUUGGUAUGAAACCGUCAUGCUAGGAAUCCAGUUCAAAACGAACUUGAACACUUAUGAGGUCAGCAUCUAUCCUUUCGAACCUAGUACUGAUACUAAAUUUACUCUUCAAGUUCAAGACAAGAAGAUCAUUGGAUUUCACGGUUUCGCGGGCAACCAUGUUAAUUCCAUUGGAGCUUACUUCGUUCCAAAAUCCUCCACCACUCCUGUUCCUUCAACCCCUUUGAAGCUGACCGCAGAAGGUGGUGAGACAGGAGCUGUAUGGGACGAUGGUUCUCACGAUGAUGUUAAGAAAGUUUAUGUAGGACAAGGCCAAGAUGGUGUUGCAGCUGUCAAGUUUGAAUACAAAAAUGGUUCUCAGGUUGUUUUUGGAGAUGAACGUGGAACGAGAACAUUGCUAGGAUUCGAAGAGUUCGAGCUUGAAUCAGACGAAUAUAUAACAUCCGUGGAAGGAUACUACGAAAAAAACUUUGGAGUUGAUACUGUAGUGACAACGCUGAUUUUCAAGACUAGCAAGAACAAAACAGCUGGACCGUUUGGGAUUGUAUCUGGCACAAAGUUUGAAUUCAAGAAGGAAGGUUACAAGAUCACUGGGUUCCACGGACGAGCUGGUGAGUAUGUUAAUGCUAUUGGAGCUUAUUUAGCUCCAUCAGGCACCACCCCUUUGACUCCUGCAACACAAUCCCAAAAGCUAGAAGGAGCUGGUAGUGAGGCAGGAACUUUAUGGGAUGAUGGUGCUUUCGACGGUGUAAGGAAAGUGUCUGUAGGACAAGCCCAAGAUGGUAUUGGAGCGGUCUCGUUUGUGUACGACAAAGCAGGUCAGGUUGUAGAAGGAAAAGAACAUGGAAAACCCACAUUGCUUGGAUUUGAAGAGUUUGAGCUUGACUAUCCAAGUGAAUACAUCACGGCAGUUGAUGGCACCUACGAUGCAAUCUUUGGGAAUGAACCAAUCGUAAAUAUGCUUAGGUUCACGACUAAUAAGCGAGUAUCUAUUCCUUUUGGAAUAGGAGCUGGCACAGCCUUCGAAUUCAAGAAGGACGGUCAAAAGAUAGUUGGUUUCCAUGGAAGAGCUGGUGAUCUACUUCACAAAUUUGGAGUCCAUGUCGCGCCAAUAACCAAAUAAUUAUGGAGAUUUUAAGUAUCUUUUGAUGAUAGUUUACACACUUUGAAUAAGCUGAUUCUACUUUAUUUCUCUCUGUUUGUUUACUGCUUCAGUGUUUUAAGUCUUCUCUUUGUGUUUGUUGCUGUUGUGUCUUUGAUGGAUUUUUGUGAUCCGAUUUAAUAAAAGAAGUGUGUUCAAAGUAAUUCUCUAGUCUCUUUAUUUGAAAUUCCGGGGAUAGCAGAUUGGUUUCCGCAACAUUGACUCCAAGUUUAUAAUGAUCUUGAUGAUGGUCUAAAAGUUUUGAAUAAGCUGACUCUAAUUUACUAGGUUCUGUUUGUUUAUAUACCUUCAGAGAGUUUCAAGUCUUCUCGUUGUGGUCUUGUUCUGUUUUCUUGAUGUGAUUUCUUAUUC